AUGACAAAUAGGAGUGCUCCACUUACGAAGGAGCUUAAAGUCGUAGUAAAUGGGAAGCCAAAGGACGUCUGUGGUGUUGACGAAGAAACAACUGCUGAAGACGUUGUUGACGUUCUUCGUGAAUCUCUCAAAUUGAAGGAGACCUUCUGUCUUGUGGCUUCUUGGAGAAAGAACAUAAUCAUUUUUUCUUCAUCUGAAAGACCUCUCGCUUUUAUUUCCAGACUACGCGAUUCUCCAGAAAAUUUCCAAUUUUUUCUUCGUCCAACUGGUUUACGACGUCUUUCAUCUCGGCCUAUUUCGCCAAACUAUCAGCCAAGAGUACACAGUCCCUCCAAGGCGCCUAAUGCCCUUCACAACGCUGCAACCAGUUAUAAGGUUGCUGAAGCAUUUUCAGGACGGUCCGAUUUGAACACCGUGGAUUGGAUUAAAAUGGCGGAGGAGGAACAACAACGACAAAUCCAACUUCAGUUUGAACAGAGCGAACUCCUGCAGAAGCUACAGCGUGUUGACGUUGAACUGGAAACCGUACGAAACAAACUUCAACACCUCGAAACUAAAAUGGCGAGUCGGCUAUCCUGCCUGUUUGAUACGAUGGAUGACGCCUUGGAGAAAAGACGCGGUGUGAUUGCGUCACUCUCGGUUUCACCUGGAACACCUCCACCCCCUCCUUCAAAUAGAACGACGCCCAUUUGUGAGGGGGUCAUGAUAUAA